AUGUACGGAUGGGCUAAGACAAGACCUGCUGCAGCUGGAAGACUUGGAGAACUGGAGACAAGCAGCAGAAGACAAAAGCAGGCAGAGAGAGCCCUAAUUGUGUCGUCACGCAGUCCUCUGGGUCUGGUGGCGCCAAGAGGAAUCAACAAGUUCAUCGGCGCCAUGCGAUCCUCAGGGUCGACGAUGCUGCUGCUGGUGGCGGUCGGCAUAGUCCUCUUGGUUGGUGGCGGCAGUGCCGCCGGAUGCGACAGAGCAGCCGUGCAGUCUUUCGACGAUAAUAAGUAUCAGGGCGUGUGGUACGAGAUCGCCAGGUUGGGAGAGGCUCCCUUCGAAGAGGGUGGCCAGUGCAUCACGGCGGAGUACACAGUGGCUGGCGACAACAACGUGACCGUACACAACAGACUGUUCAGCACGGCUGCGGGGGCCUUCAACGACAUCAUCGGAUGGGCCGAGUGGGACGACCCUGACUCUGGAGAGGCCAAAUUCACGAUGCACUUCCCAGGCGUAACAGAGAACUCAUGGAUCCUGUCACGGAGUGCCCCGCUGACAGCAGAGCAGGAGCAGCAGGUGAAUGACAAGCUGGAGGCCCUGGGUCUGACACGGAGUCGCUACACAAACACCCCACAGGACCCACAACAGUGCACUGUCAGAGUCAGCACAUGCGACAAGGCCACUGUCACCGAAUUUGACACUUCUAAGUACCAGGGUGUGUGGUACGAGAUCGCCAGGUUCGGAGAAGCUCCCUUCGAGGAAGGCGGGCAAUGUACCACUGCGGAGUACACAGUGGCUGGUGACAACAACGUGACUGUACACAACAGAUUGUUCAGCGCGGCUUCUGGGGCCUUCAACGACAUCAUCGGCUGGGCCGAAUUUGAUGACCCUGACUCCGGAGAGGCCAAACUCACGGUGCAUUUCCCAGGCGUGCCAGGAAACUUAUUUGUACAUUUCAGUGCUCACCCUAGCUUGUUUCUUUGUGUGUUGCCAGUGACGGGUCCCUACUGGGUCCUGGAUACUGACUACGACAGCUACUCAAUUGUUUGGGCCUGCAGGGAGCCUACAGAUGAAACCUCCAACAUUACAGAGAACUCAUGGAUCCUGUCACGGAGUGCCCAGCUGACAGCAGAGCUGGAGCAGCAGGUGAAUGACAAGCUGGAGGCCCUGGGUCUGCCUCGGAGCCGCUACACAGACACCCCACAGGACCCACAACAGUGCAGUGUCAGAGUCAGCACAUGCGACAAGGCCGUUGUCACCGAGUUUGAUACUUCUCAGUAUCAGGGUGUGUGGUACGAGAUCGCCAGGUUGGGAGAGGCUCCGUUCGAGGAGGGCGGCCAGUGCAUCACGGCGGAGUACACAGUGGCUGGCGAGAACAACGUGACCGUACACAACAGACUGUUCAGCACGGCUGCGGGGGCCUUCAACGACAUCAUCGGCUGGGCCGAGUGGGACGACCCUGACUCCGGAGAGGCCAAAUUCACCGUGCACUUCCCAGGCGUAACAGGUUUGCUUUUUUAUGUUUUAACAGUGACGGGUCCUUAUUGGGUUCUGGACACUGACUACGAGAGCUACUCAAUUGUCUGGGCCUGCAGGGAGCCUACAGAUGAAACCUCCAACAUUACCGAGAACUCAUGGAUCCUGUCACGGAGUGCCCAGCUGACAGAUGAGCUGGAGCAGCAGGUGAAUGACAAGCUGGAGGCGCUGGGUCUGAUACGGAGCCGCUACACAGACACCCCACAGGACCCACAACAGUGCACUGUCAGAGUCAGCACGUGCGACAAGGCUGUUGUCACCGAAUUUGAUACUUCUCAGUAUCAGGGCGUGUGGUACGAGAUCGCCAGGUUGGGAGAGGCUCCCUUCGAGGAGGGCGGCCAGUGCAUCACGGCGGAGUACACAGUGGCUGGCGACAACAACGUGACCGUACACAACAGACUGUUCAGCACGGCUGCGGGGGCCUUCAACGACAUCAUCGGCUGGGCCGAGUGGGACGACCCUGACUCUGGAGAGGCCAAAUUCACGGUGCACUUUCCAGGUGUACCAGAGAACUCGUGGAUCCUGUCACGGAGUGCCCAGCUGACAGCAGAGCAGGAGCAGCAGGUGAAUGACAAGCUGGAGGCCCUGGGUCUGCUGAGGAACCGCUACAUAGACACCCCACAGGAUCCGCAACAGUGCACUGUCAGAGUCAGCACAUGCGACAAGCCGGCUGCCAAGGAAUUUGACAUUUCUAAGUAUCAGGGCGUGUGGUACGAGAUCGCCAGGUUGGGAGAGGCUCCGUUCGAGGAGGGCGGCCAGUGCAUCACGGCGGAGUACACAGUGGCUGGCGACAACAACGUGACCGUACACAACAGACUGUUCAGCACGGCUGCGGGGGCCUUCAACGACAUCAUUGGCUGGGCCGAGUGGGACGACCCUGACUCCGGAGAGGCCAAAUUCACGGUUCACUUCCCAGGCGUACCAGUGACGGGUCCCUAUUGGGUCCUGGAUACAGACUACGAGACCUAUUCGGUUGUCUGGGCCUGCAGGGAGCCUACAGAUGAAACCUCUAACAUUACGGAGAACUCAUGGAUCCUGUCACGGAGUGCCCCGCUGACAGCAGAGCAGGAGCAGCAGGUGAAUGACAGGCUGGAGACACUGGGUCUGACACGGAGCCGCUACACAGACACCCCACAGGACCCACAACAGUGCACUGUCAGAGUCAGCACAUGCGACAAGUCGGCUGUCACAGAAUUUGACACUUCUAAGUAUCAGGGCGUGUGGUACGAGAUCGCCAGGAUGGGAGAGGCUCCGUUCGAGGAGGGCGGCCAGUGCAUCACGGCGGAGUACACAGUGGCUGGCGAGAACAAUGUGACCGUACACAACAGACUGUUCAGCACGGCUGCGGGGGCCUUCAACGACAUCAUCGGCUGGGCCGAGUUGGACGACCCUGACUCUGGAGAGGCAAAAUUGACAGUGCACUUCCCAGGUAUACCAGUGACGGGUCCUUAUUGGGUCCUGGAUACUGACUAUGGCAGCUACUCAAUUGUCUGGGCCUGCAGGGAGCCUACAAAUGAAACCUCCAACAUUACUGAGAACUCGUGGAUCCUGUCACGGAGUGCCCAGCUGACAGAUGAGUUGGAGCAGCAAGUGAAUGACAAGCUGGAGGCCCUGGGUCUGACACGGAGCCGCUACACAGACACCCCACAGGACCCACAACAGUGCAGUGUCAGAGUCAGCACGUGCGACAAGGCUGUAGUCACCGAAUUUGAUACUUCUCAGUAUCAGGGCGUGUGGUACGAGAUCGCCAGGUUGGGAGAGGCUCCGUUCGAGGAGGGCGGCCAGUGCAUCACGGCGGAGUACACAGUGGCUGGCGAGAACAACGUGACCGUACACAACAGACUGUUCAGCACGGCUGCGGGGGCCUUCAACGACAUCAUCGGCUGGGCCGAGUGGGACGACCCUGAAUCCGGAGAGGCCAAAUUCACGGUGCACUUCCCAGGCGUACCAGUGACGGGUCCAUAUUGGGUUCUGGAUACUGAUUACGAGAGCUACUCAAUUGUCUGGGCCUGCAGGGAGCCUACAGAUGAAACCUCAAACAUUACGGAGAACUCCUGGAUCCUGUCACGGAGAGCCCAGCUGACAGAAGAGCAGGAGCAGCAGGUGAAUGACAGGCUGGAGGCGCUGGAUCUGCCACGGAGCCGCUACACAGACACCCCACAGGAUCCACAACAGUGCACUGUCAGAGUCAGCACAUGCGACAAGCCGGCUGCCACGGAAUUUGACACUUCUAAGUAUCAGGGCGUGUGGUACGAGAUCGCCAGGUUGGGAGAGGCUCCGUUCGAGGAGGGCGGCCAGUGCAUCACUGCGGAGUACACAGUGGCUGGCGAGAACAACGUGACCGUACACAACAGACUGUUCAGCGCAUCUACUGGGACCUUUAACGACAUCAUCGGCUGGGCCGAGUUGGACGACCCUGACUCCGGAGAGGCCAAAUUCACGGUGCACUUCCCAGGUGUGACAGACUUGCUUAUUUCAUGUGUGUUGACAGUGACAGGUCCGUAUUGGGUACUGGAUACUGACUACGACAGCUACUCAAUUGUCUGGGCCUGCAGGGAGCCUACAGAUGAAACCUCCAACAUAACGGAAAACUCGUGGCUGCUCUCACGGACGAGUGACAUGUCUGCGGAGCUGACGCAGCAAGUGGAUGCGAAGCUGGAGGAACUAGGACUCCCUCGCAGCCGGUACACAGACACGCCUCAGGACUCCAACGGCUGCCAAGUUGAAGAGGACAGCGACGAUGGCGCCGCUGCACUGGGUCCUGCGGUCACACUCAUGCUGGCCACCACCGUCGCACUGCUCUUCUCCCUGUGA